AUGGGUAAUAACCAGGUGUUCGCUGUCACAGUGUUUUUUAUUUGCUUUCGAGAAUGUCUUGAAACGACGGUGGUUGUGUCAGUCCUAUUGGCUUUCUUGAAGCAGACACUCUACGAAACAGAUCGCCCGACGUAUAAACGAUUAGCGAAGCAAGUCUGGCUGGGAUGCGGCUUAGGGCUAUUUAUUUGUAUUGCAGUCGGGGCGGGCAUGAUUGGUGGGUUUUACGGCCUCGGAACCGACACUUUCUCCAGCACUGAAGAUAUUUGGGAGGGUGUUUUGGGAAUUAUCGCAGCGAUCAUCAUCACUAUCAUGGGUGCUGCUCUUCUGCGCGUGUCUAAACUUCAAGAUAAAUGGCGUGUCAAACUCGCCAAGGCCCUCGAACACGAGCACGAUCCCAACGAGACAAAGAAGGGUCGCGUGAAGAGAUGGUUGGAGAAAUACGCCAUGUUUAUCCUGCCAUUUAUCACAGUUCUCCGUGAGGGUCUCGAAGCUGUUGUUUAUGUUGGUGGUGUUGGGUUAGGUCUUCCUGCUUCUUCCUUCCCCUUGGCCGUCUUUUGCGGCCUUCUGGCCGGUUUUGUAGUGGGCUAUGUUAUUUACCGAGGUGGGCGCAAGACUUCUAUGCAGAUAUUCUUGAUUAUCUCCACUUGCUUCCUCUACCUCGUUGCCGCUGGUCUUUUCUCGCGUGGUGUCUGGUUCUUGGAGAACAACACCUGGAACCACACCAUCGGAGGCGACGCGGCAGAGACUGGCUCUGGCGCUGGUUCCUACGACAUCCGACAGAGUGUUUGGCACGUCAAUUGCUGUAACCCGCUGAUAGGAGGUGGCGGCGGUUGGGGUAUCUUCAACGCGCUUUUCGGUUGGACCAAUUCUGCCGACUACGGCUCUGUGAUCGCUUACAACUUAUACUGGGUCACUGUUAUGGUAGGCUAUGGACUGAUGUUCUACCGUGAGAAGCGCGGGCCUAUCCCUAUCAUUGAUCCGGCCAUGAACAGUGUCGCAAGAGCCAAGGCCAGGGCUAGGGCUUUUAUUCUGCGCCGUCCCUAUGAAGAUCCGGUAGCACCCGUGGAGGCAAGAGCUCCUGUUUCAGAGAAGCGUGUAGAGACUGGUGUUUUAACUCUUUAG